UCUCGCGGGGGACAGUCGUCCGCCUAGCGCUCGCACACAAUUGGGUCACGAGGUCCCCACGUAUCGGCUAGACAAUAUUCUGUGCUAUGAAUGACCAGUGAGAGUGAUUUUGUAUAGUGUACGUCCAGUGUUUUCUGUGAACGCGAUGCGUGCGUGAGCGCAGCGCAUGACGUGCUACGAAACGUUGAGAGCUUCGGCACCCGCCGCGGCCGCCCCCAUGGCACACCACUUCGUCAAGUGGUGGCGCAACAAGUUCAGGAGUGGAUACAAGAAGUUCAGCAUCGGCGACAGCGAGCGGACGGAUACUGAAGAGUUGGUAGGCCGAGCCGCCUCACAAUGCUCUGCUCCUCCGGACCUCCUACCGAGCGAGGCGAGAGUCCUCCUGCAACCCACGCCGGAGACCUACAGACAACCCUCCCCGCAACCAGAACCAACUGAGGACAAACAUUCGAGACUGAGAUUUGAGGAGCUGACGUGUGAUGUGGAACUUCAACAUCCGGAGUCCUCGAAGCAGAAACCGUUGCAGUUCUCCUUCACGCUGUACGAUUUAGACGGGAGAGGGAGGAUGACUAAAGAUGACAUAGCCGGAAUCGUCUCCACGAUAUACGAGUCGAUAGGAAAAUCUGUGACAGUACCCCACUACGGCUCCAAGACGAUUCAAGUCAGGCUGACGGUGGUACCGGAGGAGAACGGUAAACGAGAUCAGAGGGAGAGAAGAGAUGAAAGGCAUAGGAGGAAAAGAGAGAGACAACCAGUGAAUACGCCAGCGCAUUGCGCGGAAAAUUUGAGUGAUCACGAGCAGCAGGAAAGGUUGUCUCAUGAUGAUGUCUCAUCCAAAUCCUCGAGUUCGGGCGACCAGAAGCCAAUAUUGAGGCAACAGCCCGUCACAAGGCAUAGACCCCACCGCCAAAGGAGGAAAGACCACCGGGAGCGAAGACACGAGAAGAAGCGCUCCGGAAGUCUACAGAGACGGGAGCUACUAGAGAUCAUCCAGGCGAACAUGGAGAAAAACCGACUGAGCUUUCAAACUUCAAGAAAGCCCUGCGAACCAGUCGCCGACGAUGAAAUGAGACACAAAUAUCACAAGCUGCGCAACAGAUCGUACACAGUCAGUGAUAAGCCCAAUACUGCAUUCCAGAAGUUCAAGCCGGAGAUGAGCAACGGAUACUUAGAUUUAGCAAACGGUGGGGAUUCCAACCUGUGUAGAUACGACAGACAUUUACAUGCUGUCAUAUGCUCGUCUACUCGCCACGCUCACACGGGCUACCAUCACAAGCAGUCGACUCCUCCGAGACCGACCAGAGUGCCCCAAACUCCAGGCCGUCCGCGGCCAGACAUGCCCUUUCACCAACCGAAGCAACCCCGUGUGCUUCAAAUCAUAUUCUUAUAGAACUCGGAUAAAGGACAUUGUGAAAACUUUGUCCUUGUAUCGACAUAGUUUGUACAAAUAGCUCAUAGAAUGAUGUACAAAACGUGAUAAUACUUGUUAGGUUUACUUUUUAAUAUCGAAGAAUUAUUUAUUCUUAUUUAGGUACCGUAUCGAAAAUAAAAAUAAUUUCGAAUAUCAGUUGGCUAUCAGCUUUGUUUUGUAGAUCAAUGGUACCGAAUCACAUGAUUUAAUAUUUUAUCUCAUGCAGAUAAACUAUUUUCCUCGCUAAUGUGGCGUUACCAUUCUUUAACCUUUCACUUGGGAUCAACAAAUAUUUAAACAAAUUAUGAAAACACUUUCUGUUUUGUAAUUAUUUGUAUAGGUACCUAAAUAAUACUUAGUAGAUUAGGAUUCAGGAAUUGUGCAGGAUUUUGAAUGUAAUUGAAUGAAUUGAGUGGGUGAAUUUGUAAAUAUUACCUAGGUACUUUACUGAUGUAUUUUGAUAUUUUUAAUUUAAAGAUUUGGUAAGAGAGACAUUGCCUAGACUAUGCUAUAGGUAUUGUUCGUCAUAUUUUCUUUUAAAAGCCAUCAUCAAAAGUCUGUUUGAUAAAUUGGUAGCGUUAUUAAGACAAAUGAAAUGGAGCACGCAAUCCAGCGAUAGUACUUUACGUUGACAUACUAAUUUGACUCAAUAUAAUUAUUAUUUGAAUAAAAUUAUUUAGAAAAAGCUACAGAAG